AUGUACAUCACAGACUCUACCCUGGACGGCCUCGUCGCCAAAGUCCGCGAAUUCCAACGCAAAGAAGGCUACGGCGUCAUCAAAACCCGCUCCAAGCGCUCCGCAGGCACCAAGGAAAUCUACCGCCAAGACCUGAGCUGCGAUCGCGGCGGCCGCCCCAAGGCCUCCGUCGCCAUGAUCCGCAACACAAAGUCCAACAAGACGGGCUGCAUGUGGCGCGCGCACCUGACUCUCCAGGCCGACUGCUGGGUCUGCAUCCCGCACAACAUGCAGCACAACCACCCGCCGCUGACCGAGUCCUUUGCCGCAAGCCGGUCCUUUCGCCAGCUGAGCUGGGAGGCGGCCGAGGGCGGCGUGCAGGGGAUCCGGAACCGGGUGGAUGCGUUGUCGAGGGGGGACCUGCCGACGGGGAAGUUGACGGCGCGCGUGAUUGCUGAGAAGAUUUCAGAGGAGACGGGGGCGUUGGUGAGGGAGAGUGAUGUGAGGAAUAUUCAGGCGAGUAUACGGCGGGCAAAGGCGCGGGAUGCCUCUGCCGGGGUUCAAAAUGAAGAAGAAGAUGAUGAGGAGGAGGAAGAGGACGAGGAAUGA